ACUCCUCUCGGAUACGAAGUCGCAGAACGUGUUCCGUGCAGGCCACCGUCUCUUCUGAAAGCUUGGAGCAGAGGCAGAUAUAUCGAGCAGACAUGGACGUGUUGACUGUGCUGCCGGCCAACUUUGGCUAUGCCAUAUUUACCUACCUCUACAGCUGGAUUAUGCUCGGGUAUCUAGCAGUCAAAGUUGGGUCUGCCAGGAAGAAGUACGACGUCAAGUAUCCCACUAUGUACAGUGACAAGGAGCAGGUGUUCAACUGUAUCCAGAGAGCUCACCAGAACACCCUGGAGGUGUACGCUCAGUGGCUCGUCUUCCAGACCAUUGCAGCUCUUGUGUACCCGUUAUCAGCAUCUGUGCUGGGAGCUAUUUGGGUGACCAGCAGGUUUUCCUAUGCGUGGGGCUACUACACAGGAGAUCCGGCCAAGAGGAUGAAUGGUGCCUAUGGCUACAUUGGAUACUUUGGCGUCAUCUUUCUGUCCAUAGCUGUAGCCCUGCAAUUGCUUGGAGUCCUUUAAGACGAUUGUCAUAUUGUUUACUCAUUCAUAUUGUCUUGCAUGUCAUUUUUAAAUUCAUCAACUAUAAAGUAGCUGUAUAAUUAUUUGUAUACUGAUUUCAAACUAUGAUGCUAAACAUAUUUUUGUGGACCACAAAUUUGCUACUUGAUAACUUUUGAUUGCAUCUAUUUGUUGUGAAUGUCUCCAUGUGAUCAUCAAUAAAGUUAACUACACCCUGAUUGAUACUACAA